AAUGCAGUGGUGCGCGGUUCGUUCGAGAAGUAGUUGGCCACAGCUUGUUGUCGAUAAGCCCGUGGAUGUGUCGAAUAGUCCUUGCGUCUGAAACCUCGCGAAAUUGUCGGCAAAAGUCCCCGAGAGUCUCACCGAGAAAAAAAUUGGGGAGUAAAAAAUCGCGAGGGGAGAUUGCGGUGAAGUUCGAGGGGUAAUUCGCAGACGAGAGGCCAUCUGGACCCGCUCGAGCCACUGGGAAUUUACCCAUUUUUUUUCCAGUGAUGCUGAGUGAUGUAGAGGACCACUUGUUACCAGCGAUACUCUUUUCCCCGUAGAUCGAAAGAUAAUGGCGUGUCCGUUGGAAUAUUGAUCGUUUCAACCCUAUGAUUUACCGAGUAAAAGGACUAAAAAAGGUGGUGAAACGAGACAGUGCCCUGGUGACGAGGUAUCCGGGUCACAGGGAUAAUGCGCUCAAUAUCCAGUGGAGGAAUUGCGUCAAAUAAUCUCGUGUUGGUGGUUUUGAAAAAAAUAUCACAGUGCGAGGACAGCCUUGACAUAAUCGCAAGGUCCCACCGCCGAUGAGUGACUAAAAUUCAGCAGCAGAAAAAAUAGUAGGGAGCGUCAGAGGAUUUUUCUAUUUUUUAUACGAUAGUAAAUAAUUCUCAACCCGAGAAUCAUGUAAUGAUUUGGGGAGAGAAGAAUGUCAGGUGACCGUGAGCGUCAGAGAUUCAGCUGGGAGAUGAAAAAAUUCGCAACUAAAAUAAGCCCUCGGCGUUUUGUAUUUUCCCCCCUCAGUGGACUUCCGCGGUGCAUCAGAACUAUUCAGUAACCUUGAUCAACGUCUAGUGAUAAUUAAGCGAGAGAUUCAAGGAGAAAAAACAGAAGAAACUUUUUUCAACGAAAAAAAUUGACAAGUUUUAUUAUCUCGUUGUCACGAGGAGCACCGAGGGGAUUAAUUCCUCGAGAAAAAGGAAUUCCCAAGGAACAACGAGUGCAAAGUUAUCGGUAACACGAAGUCAAAGGCCCCAGGACCAUUUUGAUGAUUAUCAGUGAGGGACUAGUGGAUAUAAUGCACCAGAACGCGAGGUAUCAGUUCGCAAUGAGCCACAGCAUGUGAAAAAGUUGCUGGGGAAACGUGAUCGCGAAUGAUGCCUCCUUGAGAGUUGAGAAGUUCUUUUAUUUUUUUUUAUUUUUCUUUGAAUCAUGGAGGUGAGUUUUUACUGAGUGCGGGCCCCCCUCGAGUGGCCAGGGUGUCAUGCCCCCGGGGGCUAAGGGUGGGGCGGAGGGCCUUGAUCCCUCCUGUUCAGAGUUACACGUGAGCGAGGAGAUAUCUCCAGCUAAUAUAGCACCACCCCUGAAUCCCCUGCAGAGAUGCUACCGACAUAUGAAGAGCUCGGGAAUUGGAGAGGCGAGUGUCUACCAUGCACUGGUUGUGAUAUUCUUGGAGUUUUUUGCAUGGGGACUCCUGACAAUGCCAAUAAUAUCGGUAUUAAAUGAAACAUUUCCGGAUCACACGUUUUUAAUGAACGGUCUGAUAAUGGGAAUAAAGGGAAUCCUUUCGUUCCUAUCAGCACCGUUGAUCGGCGCAUUGUCAGACGUGUGGGGAAGAAAAUUUUUCUUACUCAUCACAGUUGCAUUUACCUGUGCACCAAUACCACUCAUGAGUAUUAAUACUUGGUGGUUUUUUGCUAUGAUAUCGAUAAGUGGGGUUUUUGCCUGCACUUUCUCCGUUGUUUUUGCAUACGUUGCUGAUGUUACUGAGGAGAGUCAACGAUCGUUAGCUUAUGGAUUGGUGUCAGCGACAUUUGCUGCUAGUAUGGUGAUAAGUCCAGCCCUAGGUGCAUGGACAAUGACAACUUAUGGAGAGAAUCUGGCUGUUGCACUGGCAACAGCAAUAGCCAUACUCGACGUAUUCUUUAUUCUCGUGGCUGUACCAGAGAGUCUGCCAGAAAAAGCACGACCUCCUGUUCCAAUUUCAUGGGAACAGGCUGACCCAUUUGCUGCCUUGGGAAAGGUGGGGAAGGAUCACACUAUUUUGAUGCUAUGCGUCACAGUUUUUCUGAGCUAUCUACCAGAGGCUGGCCAGUACAGCUGUAUAUUUGUGUACCUAAAACUUGCCAUGGGCUUCUCAGCAGCAAUGGUCGCUGUCUUCAUUGCUGUCGUUGGUAUUCUCAGUGUUGGGGCACAAAUUCUUCUUGGACCUCUCAUGAGAACUCUGGGGAGCAAACACACUAUCAUGCUCGGGCUCUUGUUCGAAAUGCUGCAGUUGAUGUGGUAUGGCUUCGGUUCACAGACUUGGAUGAUGUGGGCGGCUGGUGUAUUAGCAUCAGUAUCAAGCAUAACGUAUCCAGCAAUAUCAGCAUUCGUGUCGAUGCACUCGGAUGCUGACAAACAGGGUCUCGUCCAGGGCAUGGUAACUGGUAUGAGGGGCCUCUGCAAUGGCCUUGGACCAGCUAUGUUUGGUGUUAUAUUCUAUUUGUUCCACGUCGAUCUCAAUGACGAUACACCGUCACUACCUCUCAAACCAUCAUUACUUGAUGAUAGUAAUAGAACAGGGACUGCAACGCAGCAUGUGGAUAUCAUUCCCCAGCUGGUACCAGGCCCCCCCUUCGUGUUCGGCGCGCUAUUGGUGAUAUGCGCCCUACUCGUUGCUGCUUUUAUACCAGAGUCAAGUCCAACAACAACAGGUCCAUUGCAUCACCACUCUUCCACAUCGCGGAGGCCAUCCGGUAAAUACGCAUAUCAGAAAUGUUUAUCCCUGGAUGUUCAUUAUGAGCCAGAGAGACUCGGUAGUGGACGCAUAAAGGUCGGUCCACUAUCGCCCCUAGUCGACAAUUGUAAUUCAGCCGCCCUCUAGCUGUUAUUAACCCGUAAAACCAUCAUCAUGCACCGAGACGAGGCCUAUCCUGCCAAUAGGUCAAGGCCACAGCCCUCCGGCUAAAAAUUGCCCCCAGCCAAAAAAAAAAGCUACACGUGCGCACGUGAUACGUGAAACGAUUUUUUAGUCUAUCGCUUGAGACCGUCAAUAAGAGAACGAAGAAAAUUCCUUGAAACGAAUAAUAAAACAUUGUGAAUUGGUGGGUUUAUAAUUGUUGGUGAAUCGGCUAUAGGUGCUACGUAAUGAGCUUCUCGCCGAGUGCACAAAAUAAUUUUAAUUACAGGUUUUUCAUGAACGGCCGGUGGCGAGUGGACGAUCAGAGAGUCGCAAACAGUAUUUUCACUAGAUUAAAAAUCAAAUUGUUGAAACAUUUUUUUUCUAUUGCAAUUCCUGAUUUAUUUCGGUGUCGCGUAAUCUGGCACUUGGUAACAUUCGAUAUGAAGUAUCGAUAUUGAAUAUCAUCAAUAUUAAGUUGAGUGAAUGUCUCCUAAAUUUGUAAAACGGAUUUUUUGUGAUUUUUAUCUUCGGUUUUUGGAUCGAGUUGAUGACACCAAAUCAUGGAAUUUGAACAUUCGAUCAUUUUUUUCGAGUGUUUCAUUGCUUUUUGAGAAGUUUUCUGUUCAACUCGCGGUUGUCAAGUGGUAAAGCGUCGUAAGUCGAUUUUUUUCAUUUUAUCCCGUACGAAAUUGCCUCGAGAAUUUGUCACGAUGUCGACAAAUUGAUUUAUUGAGGUGCAUUCGAACGGUAAAAAUGUUGAAUGUCGCUUAAUCUCUAUUUCAGAUUUCUACAGUCAAAACAAUCACAUCUUUCUGCAAUUGCCAGUGAGAAAAUAACAAUAAAAAAAAUUAUAUCAAUUUUUUAUUAUUUUUGUACCAUAUAUUACAUUCCUGCUAGUAAAAAAAUCUCCCCGGAUUCUCUGAUCCCUAGUAUUUCCUUUUUCUUUGUCGUGCAGUGACGAAGCGAGAAAUGCGGAAGUUCUCCAAGCCAAAGAUCGAUUAAGUUAAAUAGAAGCCAAUAAAUGAGUGAAAAAAUACGUUUGUGGACAUUGUACUGACGAGAGAAUUUAAAAAGUGCGUUAGACCUGAAGAAAAGACAUUUUAAAUAAUCCUGGCACGCUCGAGGAGCUCUCCUGCUGGCAUAAUCACUUGCGUCAAUUGCUUAAAAGUGCUCCCCACGUGUCUCAAGGGAGAAUGUACGAAAAUAAUAAUUUUAGCAUAAUAGUAAUAAUAGGUAAAUGAGAGAUAUGAGUCACGUAUGGAGAGAUCUUUGAGUCGAGUGCUACGGCUAAUUGAUUUAGGAUCAAAUAUCAAAUUCUCGUGUUGAAAUGAGAAAACGUGUCUUUUUUCAUUUGUAGAGAAUCACAUUUUGCAAGUUGUCAAUUUUAUGUUCGUAAAAAGGGAAUGAACAAGUAACACGCAGCUGUACUGUAAUUAUAAAAACAUCAUGAAUUUAAUAAUUACGAGUGUGACGUUGCGAUCAAGAGGAUGCCUAGUUUAAGGUGUAGAGGUCGAUUUGAUGAUUAAAAAUAUUGUCAAUAUCGAGUGAGAAAAAAAUGUACAUGUACGAUUUAUGAUUGCAACAGUAAAAAUAAAUUAUUUUUAAGAUAAA